AGAGACGCGGCGUUUGGAUUCAUUCUGACAUGACAAAGCCCUCUCCACACCAGGACUGAGGCUGAAUUGUGGCCAGUCUGGGGCGAUGGCUGAUAUCCUGGAGCUGCGGACGGAUGGGAACUCCUUGCUGAAGGCAGUUUGGCUCCGGCGUCUACGACUCACCAGGCUCCUGCUAGAAGGGGGAGCUUACAUAAAUGAGAGUAAUGACCGUGGGGAGACACCCCUCAUGGUGGCCUGUAUGUCCAAACACUCUGACCAACAGAGUGUCAGCAAAGCCAAGCUGGUCAAGUACCUUCUGGACAAUAAGGCCGACCCCAACAUUCAGGACAAGGCAGGCAGGACAGCGCUCAUGCAUGCCUGUAGUCAAAGGGCCGGACACGAGGUGGUGUCUCUACUCCUGACCAAUGGGGCAGAUCCCAGCCUAGAGGACCGCAGUGGUUCAUCUGCCUUGGUCUAUGCUGUCAAUGCGGAUGACAAAGAAACCCUCAAAGUGCUCCUGGAUGCCUGUAAAGCUAAGGGCAAGGAAGUCAUUAUUAUCACCACAGACAAGUCACCCUCCGGCACCAAAACCACCAAACAGUACCUGAAUGUUCCACCCUCCCCAGAACUGGACGAAAGAUGCUCCCCUGUCCUAUGUGCCUCACCUUCAGACAUCAACCUUCACACCUCUCCAAUCCCCAGCAAAGAAGAGGAAACAGAGGAAAAAGACACUGUCUUUAAUUUUCAAAGCAAGUGGAAGUCAUCCUCCAGCACAGCGUCCAAGCUUCCCAAUGGGCCUACUUCUCCUACACGGAAACCCGUGAACCCUAAGCGAGCUCGCCUCCCACAGUUGAAGCGCCUGCAGUCCGAGCCCUGGGGGCUGAUUGCACCGUCUGUGCUGGCUGCCACCCAAGAGGAGAGUAAGAGAGCCAACAGUGAUGAGGAUGUCGUCACUGGUGUCAAUGGACUGACCCUGUCCAAGAGAGCCCCUCUGUCUCGGCACAACAGUGUGGAUGGUAAAGAGAUCCUGUUCCCCUUGGUGGCUGAUCAGUCUACCAAAAUCUCUUCUACUUCAUCCCUCCCUCCAUCUUCCAAGGUCUCUUAUGAUAGAUCUCUAGGACAACAUCAGCCACUGGCACGGCGUAGCACAGUUCCAACCGAGCAAGAGGGUUCUGUGGGAACCACUGGGCCAAUUGGCCUCAGAGAUACAGUGCACCGGAGGAGACUAGGAAAUGACCAGUAUGACUCAGACUCCCAGCUGUACUCAGAGUCUGGAAUGCUGGACUCCCCCAAGAUCCCCCUGGAGAGGAGAAAGCUCAACACUUCACCGCUGGCUAUGCUUACAGGCUCACGUGAGUCCCUGGAUAGCAACGCCAGCACUUCCUCUCCAAGCACAGCCAGACGGCGAGCACCGGGGCUACUGGAGCGGCGUGGGUCAGGAACUCUGCUGCUGGACUACAUCUCCCACACUCGCCCUGGCCACCUGCCCCCCCUCAACGUCAACCCUAACCCUCCUAUCCCUGACAUAGGUGCCAGCAGCAAGCCCUCAUCCCCACUCGCGGCAGGAUUUCGUUCCAUAGCUCCUGUAGCACCAAACUCACCAAAAAGAGGCAAUCUCAGGAUGAAGAAGAAACUGGUCAGAAGGCACUCUAUGCAAGUGGAGCAGAUGAAGCAACUUUCAGACUUCGAGGAGCUCAGCCAUCAGUGA